AUGGAUAUUUUAAAAGCUGAGAUUGCCCGGAAGAGGAAGCAACUAGCAGAGAAAGACCUGUUUGUGGAAGGAAAAACAUAUUUUAAGCGCAGUGAACUUGCUGAAAAAGAAAAGGAAUACUAUUUUGAAAGAUGUGGCUUCACGGUGCAGAGCCAAGAUGAAGAAGAAGAGAAGGUGCCUACAUCAUCAAAUAAUCCAGGUCUGGAUUUGGAGCUGGUUGAAGAGAAGAUACCAGUGACUCUCUCAAACCAGGAGGUCAUUCGGAGGUUAAGAGAUAGAGGUGAGCCAAUCCGGCUCUUUGGAGAAACAGAUUAUGAUUCAUUUCACAGGUUGAGAAAAAUUGAGAUCCUUGCUCCGGAAAUAAACCAAGGUUUAAGAAACGAUUUGAAAGAUGCCAUGGAUGAGAUUGACCAACAAUAUUUAAUUGAACUUGGCCAGGAGACAAGAGAGAAGGAUACUCAGAACGAUUUGAAAGUCCAUGAAGAAAACACAACAAUUGAAGACCUUGUGGCUUUGGGAGAGUGUUUAGGAAAAGGGGAUGAUAUCAAAGACAUGGGCAUAAUAAACAAAGUUCUGAGAUUCCUUCUUGGUGUAUGGGCUAAAGAUCUAAAUUCAAGGGAUAACAGUGUGAAAUGUAGCAUUUCAGGGAAAGUGGCAAGUGCCACCCAUAAGCAAACUGAAUCCUAUCUAAAACCAUUGUUUCGGAAGCUGCGGAAAAAAACUCUGCCUGCUGACAUCAAAGAAUCGAUAACAGACAUUAUUAAAUUCAUGUUGCAAAGGGAAUACGUAAAGGCAAAUGAUGCCUAUCUGCAGAUGGCAAUAGGCAAUGCACCAUGGCCUAUGGGUGUUACAAUGGUGGGUAUUCAUGCCCGUACAGGCCGUGAAAAAAUCUCUUCCAGGCAUGUGGCGCAUGUGCUGAAUGAUGAAACUCAGCGGAAAUACAUUCAGGGACUGAAGAGAUUAAUGACUGUUUGCCAAAAGCAUUUUCUAACUGAUCCUUCAAAGUGUGUGGAGUACAAUGCAUUGUGA